AGAAAAGAAAAAAAAAAAGAUAAAUCAAUGGUCCAUGAAACUAACAUUAACAUGCCAGCUUCCAGGAGAGUUCUUGGAAUUUAACUAAUCGCAACCAUUGUAUUGUUAGAGUCUUGCUUGUUUACUUGACUUUAAGCAGUCUCUCCCCGGCGAGACUUUUCUAUUUUCACUGAUUUCUCCGAUAUUUUCCAUGUUUGAUCAAUUAAUUUCAUGGGCUUAAGGUUUCAUUUCAAAUCUGCCUCCAAACUAGGGUUUUGAUUUCACUUCCAGUUUCCAGCUUUUCACAAAAUGGAGAAGAGCAAUUCGUUUAAGCAAGAAAACGACUUGCAACAUCCAUGGACUGGAGAUUUUGGUUCGGUAUCCGAUCGUAGGUACGCUUAUUGGCGUCAAUCUUCGUUUCAUCAAUCUGGAGGAGAAUCACAUACUCCGAUUUCUAUUAUGUCGAAUGACACAUCGAGGCCCCUGCUUUCUCGCACCGUUUCCAGUAUAGAUGUGCCGCCGGAGAUUUACACCUUAAACUACGAAAAGGAAAGCGUUUAUAAAGAGACAGAAGGCUCAGGGAAAAACACCUUAUCAGUUUUGUAUUCUGUGAUUUCAGUAUUUAGAGCUGUAAGGUCCGGGAAUAGGCAAAUGAAGAGGCUCUUGAUGAUGAUUUCACUAAAUGUUGCUUAUUCUACUGCAGAAUUGGCAAUCGGGCUCUUUACAGGGCGUGUUGGUUUGGUAUCUGAUGCAUUUCAUUUGACAUUUGGCUGUGGUCUUUUAACGUUUUCUUUCUUUGCUAUGGCUGCUUCUCGGAAAAAGGCUGAUCAUAUAUACACUUAUGGAUACAAAAGGAUUGAAGUUUUGGCUGCCUUUACUAAUGCUCUGUUUCUUUUGUUCAUGUCAUUUUCCUUAGCAGUGGAGGCACUUCAUGCAUUCAUACAAGAAGAGUCUGAACACAAGCAUUAUUUGAUUGUUUCAGCAGUAACAAAUUUACUUGUAAAUCUUAUUGGUGUUUGGUUCUUUAGGAGCUAUGCUCGCAUUAAUCUUGUGUACAGAAAAGCAGAAGAUAUGAAUUAUCACUCAGUUUGCUUGCAUGUCCUUGCUGAUUCUAUUCGCAGUGCAGGUUUAAUAUUGGCUUCUUGGUUUUUGUCCCUUGGGGUUGAAAAUGCUGAAGUUCUAUGUUUGGGGCUAGUUUCAGUUGCAGUUUUUAUGCUUGUCAUGCCUCUCUUUAAAAGUACUGCCGGUGUCUUGCUCCAAAUGGCACCACCUAGCAUUCCUUACUCAGCACUGAGCAAAUGCCUAAGACAGGUUACUGCUCGAGAAGAUGUUACUGAAGUUUCUCAGGCUCGGUUUUGCGAAUUGGUGCCUGGUCAUGUUGUUGGCACACUUUCACUUCAGGUGAAGAAAGGGAUGGAUGAUCGACCAACACUGCAAUUUGUGCAUGGUUUGUACCAUGAUUUAGGUGUACGGGAUCUUACGGUGCAGACUGAUUAUGAUUAAGCCCCUUUUUCCCUGUUUUUGUAUUGGUUGGGAACAACAGCUUGAGAUUUGAGUUCAUUAUUUGUAUUUUAGUUACUGAUAUUCGAAACAGGUCAAUUAUCAAUAGAGGGAAUUUUGAAUCUACAUUUCCAAUGUACAAUUAUGAAUUUCUGGUUAACUAUUAUUUGUAAUUAAUAUUAUUUGCAGCAUAAUUUUGCUUA